AUGGACGCAAUAGAGCUAAGCAUGGUUCCUGAUCUCAUAUUACCCCCAAAGUUCAAAGUACCAAACUUCAAAAAAUACGAUGGGACCACUUGCCUAUUUGCUCACCUCACCAUUUUCUGUAGGAGAAUGACAGGCUAUACUGAGAAUGAGAAGCUUUUGAUACAUUGCUUCCAGGACAAUUUGACUGGAUUGGCGGCCAAAUGGCAGUACGCUCAAAGGUGGCAUGAUGUGGCAUCACAAGUGCAACCCCCAUUGCUGGAAAAGGAGGAUACAUUUAUUUCCGUGAAUACCCUGAAAGCUCUAUAUCUGGGGCAUCUGUUAGGAAAUGCUACCAAGAACUUUGCCGACCUGGUCAUUUCUGGUGAGCUAAUCGAGAAUUCCAUAGGAAUGACAAGAUUGAAGGAGGAGAAGGAUCGAAGAAGCCCUAUUUUAAAAAGAAGAAAAGUGAGGUACCAUGCAGGGAUUGCUGGGCAUGAUAUCAUGAAUUGCUUAACUUUUAAAAAGGUUAAACAAAAUCUCAUUAACAUCGGAGACUUGGAAUUCAAAACACCAUCUACGAAUGCUCACGCCCUACCCUAUCAUGGGAGGCAAGGAGUCAAUAUGAUUGAUGAAAGGGAGAUCAGGAUAACAAAGAGAGAUGUAUCAGAAGUCAAAUCUCCUCUCAGCUGGGUGUUCAUACAGCUGUGCACAUCGGGAAUGAUUAGAGGAGAUGAUGAACAACGGGGAGGUAGAAUUCUUCAAUUAAGAGGAGAACCCACGAGAGAUGAACGAAACGAGAGUUCAUCGUCAAUAACUCCUAAAGUUGUGAUUACAACUCUAUCUACCUUCCCGUUCAAGGACACACGACAAGUUUCUUGGAGUUAUACAACUAGUGUAUCUAUACCAGAGGGGCCAAAGACUCCCGAAAAGGUAAGCGAGAAAAACAAGUCAAUCUUAGAAGAAGUAAGUGAGGUUGGCCACUUCACAAGAAGCAGAAGAUGGUACUUUCCUGAGACGUCCACCGAAACAGACAAGACAAAAGCCAAAGCCAAGAUGGUGGUGGUGCCAAAAAUUUUCAAUGAAGAACCUUCACUGAUCAUAAAUGAGCCCAUGAAUGAAGCUCAUGGUCGCGAAUUUUUGAGAUUUCUAAAGCAUAGUGAAUACAACACAUUUUUCCCUGAGGAUAUCUUGACACAUAAGUUGGACCAAAUCGUGGGAUACAUAGUUACAGACAACUACAUCACCUUCACUGAUGAUGAGAUCCCAGAAGGAGGAAUGAGGUCCAUCAAGGCUUUAAAUAUCACGGUGCACUGCCAUAACCAUGUCUUACCAGUGGUUUUGAUAGAUAAUAGGUCUGCACUAAACGUAAUGCCCUUGGCUACACUACAAAGAAUUCCCAUUGAUAGCUUACACAUGAGAGUUUAUCAUAACAUCAUCAGAACAUUCAACAGAACCCAAAAGAAUGUAAUGGGAAAAAUGAAAAUACCCUUGUUGAUCGGGCCUACUAUUUACUACAUUGACUUCGUGAUAAUGAACAUCCACCCAACAUACAACUUCUUAUUGGGGAGACCCUGGAUCCACGUGGCAGGGGCAAUUCCUUCAUCCCUAUAUCAGAAGCUGAAAUUCUUAAUUAAUGGAAGGUUGGUCAGUAUCGGAGUUGAACAAGAAAUCAUUGCUUCUGUAACGUCCGAUACCCCCUACAUCGACGUCAAUGAGGACACCUUAGAAUGUUCUUUCAGGGCUUUAGAAUUUAUUAACACCGAAGGAAACAAGAUUCUGCGCCCAUCACUGUCAGAUUGUACUAAGAUGAUGAGGAGUGUACGACAUAGAACAACAACUAACCAGUGCCAUCGAGAUCGAGAGGCUGACAAAGGAAGAGGAGUGGAUGGGAGAAGCUCUGAAGGGGCUAUCAAUCAACAUGAUUACCGGGGCAACCAACUAGGAAAGUUUAUAGCUGGAAUUCAUCCUUGUUUCCCUGGUGAAAAGCUCGAGAAUUGGACAGCCGAAGACUUCCCUCUAAUUUUUAGGGUCAGUCCAAAGUAA